UAUUAUCCUAAAAUGUAUUGAAUAACAUUAAGGAAAAAAAACUAUAUGGGAAAUAGUAACUAUGCUAUUAAAUCAAGUUAAAUCUAGUUCCUGUACUUUAUUAUAUUAUGAUUUAUAAUCAUAUACGUAUUCAUUUUACAUAACAUCAUAUUCAAAAUAUAUACUUGUUAUGAGGUUAACAACUUUAGUAGCCGGAUAUAAAAUUCAACAUAAAAAGGAUAUAAUAUCAUGUAUUGUAAUACUAUUGUUACUAUGCUGUCAUACAAAUACGGAUAACACUAUCGAUACACCUAAUAAUAAUGAAGACCAAGAAAAAACUUUCAUGAACUCAACCUUAUUAUUAUUAUUAUCAUUAAAUGAAAGUGAUCAAUUAAAUAAUAAAAAGUCGGAUGAUUGUACAAUUUCAUUAACCGAAUUUAUUAUUUAUUUUUAUAUUCAACCUAUAAUUUGUUUUAUUGGAUUUAUAUUAAAUAUAUUAAAUGUGAUUAUAUUUUGUAGACCACAAUUUUCAGGAGCUGCUUAUGCUUAUAUGAUUGCAAUGUCAUUAGCUGAUGCAAUUACAUUAAUUAGUUAUAUGCCAUCUGGUUUAGUUAGAUGCGGCAAAUACUUCGUUUAUUGUCAGCAUCCAGCGUUCAGAAGAUUCCGUAUUUAUCUACUAUACUAUAAUGCGUAUAUUCUCUUUCCCAUUGGAAAUAUUUCAGAGACAGCAAGUGUAUGGUUUACUCUAGUUCUAUCUGUAGAACGCUACCUAACUAUGAGCCAAAUAGGCUCAGUAUGUCAAAAUAAAUUCAGGAUGCAACCAUCUAACACAUCACCUUUAAAACAAAAAAGUGAAAUAUUGUACAAUACAAACCAUUCAAUGUAUAGCAUAGAAUAUCAAGAAACUUCAGAUGAAGAUGGAAAAUUGCCAAGAAAUGAUUCAAUUGGAGCAGCAGAAGAAAACAUAAUGGAACAGCAACAGCAUCGAGAACAACAAACAACAGUGAAUAAUUUGAAAUGGUAUAAGAAACUGACGAAUUGCUGUAAUUUAUCAGUAUUAAAACAAUAUGCCAGAAAUAGUUUGACCAAUAUUCCAACAUCAAAAUCUUUAUGUAUCUUACAUAAAUUACAUCAUUCACAUUUACAUAGACCGAUAGGACGUUGUAGCUUACAUAAAUGCACACAACUGUAUGCUUGCCGAAAUUGUAACUUUAAACAUUCACUAAUUUUUAUAACAUUCUUCAGUAUACUACUUAAUUUGCCACUAUUCUUUGUUCAAAAAGUUGUCACGAAAAAUAUUCCUAUAAAAAAGUCAACAAUAAAACCAAUUCACAAUAAUAAAACAAAUGAAUGGCUACAUACUACAUCAAACCAUUUCAAUAAUUUAACUUCAACUGAUAAUCAAUACAAUCAGGGUCAAAUACAAGUUUUCACUGGGCUUACAGAAUUUGGUAAUUCAGACAUUUAUAAAAUUUUCUCAUGGACACGUAUUAUAUUAAUACAAGUUUUACCAUUAUUAUUCUUAUGCUCUGUCAAUUUUUGUUUAUUACGUUUUAUACAUAUAGCAAAUAAACGUCGUCAAAGAUACUUAUUACCAAAUGUGUCCAAUAAAAAACUCGGUCGUUUUAAAUUACAGAAAGCAAAUUUACGUACUACAAAAGUUAAUAAAGCUUCAAGUGCUAGAUGGCAAUCAGCCCAGCGUAAAUUAACCAUUUUACUAAUUGUUAUUAUUUGUUUAUUUAUAGCUGGACAAAUACCACAAGCAUUUGCAUAUAUUACUAUAUUUGAAGCAUUUAAUAAACAUUUUGGUAAUGUAUGCAAACGAUGGAGAUGUUGCCCUCCAUAUUUAAUUUAUCGUUCAAUAGCACAUAUGUUAGGUUUAUUUACUUAUUCUAUUAAUUUUUUUGUUUAUCUUACAUUAAAUAAACAUUUUAAACAACAAUUAAAUAUUUGGUUUUUAUUAUUAUGUCCUAUUAGUAAACAACUACAAAAAAAUUAUUCAUUAAAACAAAAUAAAUUAAUCAAUCAUUCUUAUAAUCCAACAAAAUCAGAAUUAUCAUUUACAAAUCAACAGAAAUCAAAUAUUCUACCUCAUAAUAAUCUUUAUUAUCGUAUGCGUCGAAGAAGACGUUCAUCUGGAUUAUUAUAUAAUCCUACAAAACGAUUAAUAUCCAUUGAUAAUACAGAUUUAUCUUCUGAAGUAGUUUCAGCUCCAGUUGAUUUAUAUACUAAUUUAAAAUGGAAAAAUAAACUAAAUAAAGAUCGAUUGUCAACACCGAUUCAUCAUUCCCCUCAAUGUAUAAACAAAAUCAAUUCAAUUAAUCAAUCAGAAAAUAUUAUUGAUUAUAAGAAAAUCAAUUAUUGUUCUUCAUCAGUACCUAUUAUUCAUGAUACAUCAAAUUAUUUAAUUAUAUCCAAUCCUUUUAUUAAUAUAAAUAAUAAUAAUAAUCUAAUAUAUAAAACUAUAGAAACAUCAUGUCAACAAUCAUUUUUGAAUUUAUUAAAGCCAACAAAUUGUCAAACAGAGAUAAAAUAUGAUUUAAAUGAUCCGACAUGUAUUUAUAAAACUAUUCGAACAUAUUAUUCAUAUGAUUCAGUUAUCAAAAAUUGGAUAUUUCAAUUAACUAAUUUAAAUACUAUUACUACUACUACUGCUACUACUAAUAAUAAUAAUAAUAGUAAUAAUGGUAAGAGUAAUAAUAAUAGUCAAGAUCAGGAUUGGCAACAUACUAAACUAAUUACAACAUCACCAUUACAUUCAAAUCAAUUAAUGACAAAUGAAUAUAGUUUCGAUAAUAGUGAUAAUUUACAACAUGGUAAAUAUAUACAAAAUUAUAAUAAAUAUAAAGAAGAUACUACUAAUAAUGUAAAACAAAAUAUUAUACAUUGUGUAAAUCAUAAUAUGUUACAUAAUAGUAAUGAUAAUAUUAGUAUUAGUACUAGUAGUAAUAGUAGUGUAAUAACCAAUUCAAAAACUUGUACUCAUUCAAUAAUUGAUUCUGAUUCACAUGGUGUUGGUUUAACAUUUUCACAUGUUUAUUGUCCACUUAUAUAUAGAGAAAGUGAUUUUGAUGUGAUAUCAGUAGAUGAAAAUAUUGAACAAGAUGAACCAGAACCUAAUUCAUUUUUAUGAUUUAAAAAGUUAAGUAUUAUAUGUUUAUAAAAGAAGAAUUAUAUUUUCAUUUUGAAUGGUAUAUCUAAUAUCAGAAGACUAGAGUCUAUGUAACGUUAAAACAUUGAAAUACAUAAAGAAACUACAUUGUGUAUUCUAACAUAACUCUGAACUACAAAUACUUUCUAUCGCGUUUCGAUGUAUUUUGUUCAUUUGUACUUUUACCUUACACACCAUCAUCAAUAUGAGUAAAUUUCUCUCAUUACUUCCUGAUAUAUCGGUGAAUUUUAUAAUAGAUAUGAAUAUGUAUAUACAUUUCACUGUGAAUAUUUAUGGUAUAAUAUACCCAUUCAAGUAUAUAUAAUCAGUGUAAAGUUCUUUUUAUUAAAUUCAUUCCUACUUCCAGAAAAAUAAAAGUAUUGACAAAUAUUUUUCUAAAGAAAUAUGGAUAUAUUUUUGUGUUACUUGUAAUCGGAUUUCACUUUAUAAACUCACUGUACGAAUAUGACAUUUUUUGUAGUACAUUAUUAUGUAGAGCCUUAUUGUAUUUUCUAAACUAGUCAUAAUUCUGUAAAGUAUACGUAUAUAUAUUAUUCAUCAGGUUAUAGCAUUCAAAUAAAACUUAUUGAAAUAAA